UUUCUAAAUAUAUUUAAUUUAUUUAUCUACAACACAAUAAUGGAAUGGUUUAAUGGAACAGUUGACGAUGCUUUGACUGAAUAUCAACAGAAGAAAGGAAUUUUGAUUGUUUAUGUUUAUGCAGAAAAUGAUGACAACUCCUCAAAACUCGAUGACCUUUUAAACUCUUUGGACAUUUCUGUUUUUGAAAGUAUUCCUUAUGUUGCUAUUCGUAUGGUUAAGGAAUCUGAAAAUGCUAAACAAUUUGCACAAUUCUUUCCUACGCUUACUGUUCCAGUUUGUUAUAUUUUGGGGAUGAAUGCUCAACCUUUGGAGGUAAUUACAGGCUUGUCGGGCGUUACUUUAGACAAAUUGUUGGUUGAAUUUAAGAAGGCUGUUUUGUUAUUUAAAGAACAAAUUGGUGAAAUGAAGAAAGAUGACAUUCCUAAAGACAAAGUAGCGGAUCGAAUUGAGGAUAAAAAGGAAGAAACUGCUGUUGAAGGGAAAGGGGAGGCUGCUCCCGGAGAUGCAGGAGCUUCUGCUGAUACGACAACCAGUCAGGAGAAAUUGGAAUAUUAUCGCAAAUUGCUUGACGAGAAGAAAAAAUCGGAUGCUAAAAAAGAAGAGGAGGAAAAACAUAAAAAAGAAAUGGAACGUCGAAUGGAUGGUAAAGCUAUGGCUGAACUUCGUGAAAAACAAAGGGAAAGAGAAUUGAAAGAAGCAGCAGAAGAGCGUCGUCGUCAAAAAGCGGAAGAUGCUCAAGCAUUGCAACGAUUAAGAGAUCAAAUUAAAUUGGAUAAAGAAGAACGUGCUGCUGCGGCUGCUUCCAAAAAUGGAACUGCUGGAGGAGAAGAAGGAAAUGUUAAAAAGGCAGAAAAAAAAGUGGAGGCUGUGGAAAUGAAUAAACCUGUUAAUAGUGAUGAAUGCCGCAUUCAGUGCCGUUUCCCAGAUGGUCAAACUUUAAUUAAAGUCUUCCCGUCUAAGGAACCUCUUCAAGUUGUUUAUGAUGCUGUUAAUGAGGAUGCUCGCAAGCCUACAAGUUUUUUUCUGAUGCAAACUUAUCCUCGUAAGAAGUUGACUGAUAUGAAUAAAUCGUUAUUGGAGUUAGGUCUUACUCCUUCCGCUGUUUUACUAGUCGUUUCGUCAAAGGAUGGGAAUGAAAAUAAUCGUGGAGGUGGAUCAAUAAUCCCAACAUAUGGAUAUUUUGAAAUGCUUAUUGGAUUCUUUUUUCUUCCAUUCUCGGCAAUAUGGCGAUUUUUAAAUUCUUUUUGGAAUAAUGGAGGAAGAACAAAUCAAGGAGGAACAAUAAAUACUUUGAGAGAAAAUAAUGACAAAAAUGAUGACAACAAAGAUUCUUCCAAAAAGAAAAAUGAUAAAGGAGAAUCGACUGUAAAGGAUGGAAAUAUACGACGUUUUAAAGAAGAUGCAGAUGAUCAUUCCGAUUCUGAAGCUAUGUGGAAUGGAAAUUCAACACAACAAUUGUAA